GAAACCUUUUAGCUGUACUCAAUGUGGGAAGAGUUUUACUCAGCUAAGCAACCUGAUAUCACACCAGAGAACACACACAAUAGAUAAACCAUAUAGCUGUCAUGAAUGUGAGAUGAGUUUUAUUAGCCUAAGCAGCCUGAUGUCACACCAGAGAACACACACAGGAGAGAAACUUUAUAGCUGUACUCAAUGUGGGAAGAGUUUUAAUACAUCCAGCAUUCUGACUAGACACCAGAGAACACACACAGGAGAGAAACCGUUUAGCUGUGAUCAAUGUGGGAAGAGUUUUGCUACAUCUGGCCAGCUGACUUCACACCAGAUAACACACACAAGAGAGAAACAUUAUAGCUGUGAUCAAUGUGGGAAGAGUUUUGUUCAAUCUGGCAAUCUAAAAGUACACCAGAGAAUACACACAGGAGAGAAAUCGUAUAGCUGUAAUCAAUGCAGAGAAGAAUUCACCUCCUCAUCAGGCAUUAAAAUUCAUCAGAGAAUCCACACAGGAGAGAAACCUUAUAGCUGUUAUCAAUGUGGGAAGAGUUUUUCUACUUCUGGCUAUCGGACAGUGCACCAGAGAACACACACAGGAGAUAAACCUUAUAGCUGUUAUCAAUGUGGGAAGAGUUUUGCUGCAUCUAGUGAUCUGACAGUGCACCAGAGAACACACACUGGAGAGAAACCAUAUAGCUGUGAUCAAUGUGGGAAGAGGUUUACUAAAUCUAGCAGUCUGACUAAACACCAGAGAACACACACAGGAGAGAAACCUUAUAGCUGUGAUCAAUGUGGGAAGAGUUUUACUACAUCUGGCUCUCUGAAUUUACACCAGAGAACACACACAGGAGAGAAACCUUGUAGCUGUGAUCAAUGUGGGAAGAGUUUUACUACAUCUGUCUCUCUGACUUUACACCAGAGAACACACACAGGAGAGAAACCUUAUAGCUGUGAUCAAUGUGGGAAGAGUUUUUGUCAAUCUGGCCAACUGACAGUGCACCAGAGAACACACACAGGAGAGAAACCUUAUAGCUGUGAUCAAUGUGGGAAGACUUUUGCUACUUCUGGCUAUCUGACAGUGCACCAGAGAAUACACACAGGAGAUAAACCUUAUAGCUGUUAUCAAUGUGGGAAGAGUUUUGCUGCAUCUAGCUCUCUGACAGUGCACCAGAGAACCCACACAGGAGAUAAACCUUAUAGCUGUGGUCAAUGUGGGAAGAGUUUUUGUCAAUCUGGCUAUCUGACAGUGCACCAGAGAAUACACACAGGAGAAAAACCUUAUAGCUGUGAUCAAUGUGGGAAGAGUUUUGUUCAAUCUAGCUAUCUGACAGUGCACAAGAGAACACACACAGGAGAGAAACCUUAUAGCUGUGGUCAAUGUGGGAAGAGUUUUUCUUCUUCAGGCUAUCUAACUAUACACCAUAGAACACACACAGGAGAGAAACCUUAUAGCUGUGGUCAAUGUGGGAAGAGUUUUAGUCAAUCUGGAGAUCUGACAGUGCACCAGAGAAUACACACAGGAGAGAAACCUUAUAGCUGUGGUCAAUGUGGGAAGAGUUUUAGUCAAUCUGGAGAUCUGACAGUGCACCAGAGAAUACACACAGGAGAGAAACCUUAUAGCUGUGGUCAAUGUGGGAAG